CUCAAACACAAGCUUAUUUUAUUUCUUCCCUUCCAUCUCUCCAAGCUCCAAGGCAAAUCAUGGAUAACCCUCAAUCCACCUGUAACGGCGACGCGCACGAUCGAUGGUCCGAUGCGCUUGACCGAAUCCACUCACCCCCUCUACCCUCCCUUGCUGCCGCCGCCACUGCCAGGUCCCCUUCUUCUCCCUUUUUCCCUCCUCUGCCUCCGCUGUUAUCCACAUCUACGCUUCGCUCAAACUUAUUGCCUGAGCUAAAGGAAACAGAUCAAGACCAUCAAUCCGAUUCUCCUCCCGCUGGCGAUCCUCCUGCCUCCUCCUCAUCCUCCUCCUCCGGCGAGGAACCCUCUGCCCCUAAGAAGCAAAAACCUCUUUCCUCUUUCACAGAUGACCCCCAAUGCCUCCCCCCUCCCCUUCCAGCAUCCUCCGCCGCUGCCAAGAAGCCCAAAAAGAAGAGCAAUAACGUCUGGACCAAAUCCACCUCCCGCAAGGGUAAGAAAAAGAGCAAGCUGAAUUCGACCCCGCAAGCCCCGGAAGAUACCGUUCUCAUCACUCCUAUCGCUCGCUUUCCCGAUAAAUCCGAUGACUUUCCCGACGCCAAAAUCUGCCUCUCUCGUGUGUACAAGGCGGAGAAGGUCGAGCUAAGUGACGAUCGCCUCUCCGCCAUGAGUACUAAGGGAUAUAGGAUGGUUCGUGCUACGCGUGGGGUUGUUGAUGGCGCUUGGUACUUUGAGAUUAGGGUGAUUAGGCUAGGCGAGUCCGGACACACGAGGCUUGGGUGGACAACAGAGAACGGGGACCUUCAAGCACCUGUCGGGUAUGACGGUAAUAGCUAUGGGUAUAGGGAUAUUGAUGGGUGUAAGAUUCACAAGGCGCUGAGGGAGGAGUAUGGGAAGCAAGGUUAUUCUGAGGGGGAUGUAAUUGGUUUCUAUAUAAGUCUUCCUGAGGGAGGCCAAUAUGCACCUAAGCCUCCCAAUUUUGUGUGGUACAAGGGGCAGAGGUACAUGUAUUCUGCCACAGGGAAGGAUGAGCCUCCAAAGGUUGUGCCUGGUAAGUGA